AUGGCUCAUGUGCCUCCAGGCAUUGGUGGGUUUCCUACCAGCACCAGCGCAAGCCCGUCGACUUUGCCGCCAUCAUCUGUGACUGUGAUAGUUUCAGUAACCUCCGUGACGACAAGCACGGCGCUUACCACGAGCACCACUAUUACCGCUACCACCUCGAGCACAAUCACAACAUCCACCUCCACCACAACCAACACCAUGGUCGAAACCCAGACCCCCUACGUCCGCACAAUCAUCCGUCACCACGACGCCCACCGUGCAAACCACAGCGCCCCGGCCCUGGCCUGGUCCGACUCCCUCGCCGGCACCGCGCAGUCCAUCGCCGAAACGUGCAUCUUCCAGCACAACACAACGGCGGACAGCGGCGAUUACGGGCAAAACAUUGUAGCCGGCGUGCCGGAAAACCAGAUGGGCAUCGUGGUGACGGACACCGAGCCUGAUCUCGUCGACUUUAGCCGCUGGGGCCACUUUUCUCAACUGAUCUGGACGUCGACGGCGGAGGUGGGCUGCGCGACCGUGGACUGCUCUUCGCGUCAGUGCGGGCUCCAAAACGUACAGGGCCAGCCGCCGUACUUUACCGUGUGCAACUACAAGCCGCCAGGCGCACCGCUUGGCUCCCCGAGUAUCGAUGGCACUUUUAUGUGCGGAAGCAGCAUCAAUUUCAGCUAUAGCCUUGUUUUUGGGUCGCGGUUGUAAUUACAGUCCUCAUUGUGGAAUGGUCACAAUGUGUAGGCUGUAUUUUUAUCAAGAAUCAUGGCCAGGAAACGGCGCUUGCCAAGAGAAAGGAAUUGUUCCCUGGAUGAAAGCCACUGAAGAUGCUAGUAGACUUGUA